AUGGUCCAGGACAUUCAGUCGCUCGAUGAGUUCAAGAAAAUUAUCAACACUGACAGAGUUGUCAUAAUCGAGUGCUGGGCACCUUGGAGUGGCCCCAGCCAGAUGAUGUUCUCCGUUUUCGAGCUGCUGGGCAACACUUUUCCCGUCAUCGAUACGUACAAGGUCGACACCGUUAAGCAGCAUGAAAUUGCGGACGAGAUCGGCGCUCGUGCGUUGCCCCAUUUCGUCGCAUACAAGAACGGCAACAAGCUUAGCGCGGUCAUCGGCAUGGACCCACCUGGUCUGACUGACAUGUUCCAAGGGGCUUCAACCGCAUAA